CUUGUCUCAAAAACUCCAGUUGUCCAACAACGACCAGUCGCCCGCUCCAUUCCCGCCCCCUCAAAACCCUCUCGAGUUCCAGAACCUUCCAGAAGACCGUCCCGCAAUCGUCGCCCUCUCCUCCUCUCCUCCCCAUGGCCGCGUCAGCGUCGGCGGCGGGCGGCGAGCCCCAGAAGCAGUUCCUAUCCAUCAUCCGCGACUUUGCCGCCGAGAAGUCCCACGGCGAGCGCACGGUGUCGGGCCUGAAGCGCCGCCUCGACGACGUGGUCUCGGCGUCCGACGCGGCCACGGCGGAGCUCGAGGCCGCGAAGCGCGCGCGGGAGGCGGCGGAGACGGAGCUGCGCGGGAGCGAGGUGCAGGCCUCCAUCGCAGACGCGUCGAUACAGGCGCUCGAGGCGACGAUCUCUCAUCUCCAGGAGGAGAUCGCGAAGCUGGGCUCUGAACUGGAGGCGCUUAAGAGCACGGAGGACAUCGAGAGAGAGGAGUUCUUGAGACAGAUGCAUGAAAUGAAUGCUAGGAUAAGGCAAUUUCAACAGAAGGCUUCUGCAGAAUUAGCAGAGAGGUGCUCUGGACCGCCAUCAGCAGAUGGUAAGCAAGGCAAGUCAGCAGAGGGUCAAAAUGGGAGCGACAUGAAUGAAACUAUGGACUCAGAAGGUAUGUUGACCGAUUCGGUUGAUCAGAUGAACAACAUGAACGCUGAGGUGCAUGUAUUGGAGGAAGAGUAUCAAAAGGACCUGCUUGAACUUGAAAAGAAUGCACACAGCAGUACCAAUGCAAGGAUCAACUACAAAACUAUAAUCGACCAAAUAGUAGAGCACCAUGGAAGAACUGUGGCGUACAUUUUGCAACAUGCAUCCAAUGUGGCAGAAGCUAACCGAAGGUCCAACAGCCACUCUCUCCUAGCUAUCACUGCUAUCUAGCAACCGACAAGCUCUACCACGUUGGACAGUCCAGCUAGCCUCUGUCAUAUUGCCGGCUAGCCUAUUCCAUGUCAGAGAGUAUCUGUGAGAUGCGUGUCCCAAUUGGCCUGCAAUGUGUCAAGUUGUGAGUGCCACACCACCCUGGCAAAUGGGGCAAUCAUGUCAGAACCACUUCAAAAGCUGAAAUGGUAAAAUGCGGUUCAAAGUGGAAUGUUUUGUGCAAAAUCUGAUUCAUAAGUGAUCAAAAACAAGGUGGUGGUUCAACCUGUCACUA